AUGGCCCCAUCCAUUCAGGAUGUGGGGAGUGAGCUGCAGUACACUGCCCAGCAACUGCUGAGCCGACUGGAAAGCCACCAUCUGUUUCAGUCCGAGUGGGACAUUGUGGCCCUUGUCAUCUUUCUCACCUUUGUUGGGACUGUACUGUUGCUGAUACUCCUUGUCCUCUUUCACUGCUGCUGCUGCUGCUGCCGCUGCCGCAACUCUUCCAGCCUCCCAAAGAGAAGACUCAAGGGAGUGGACAACUUAGCCCUGGAGCCAUAG